AUGCCUCAAGCAGACCUACCUAUUUACCGCGGUGUCCCUUCGUGCUUUUCAAUUAUUGUGGCUGUGUUGAGUUUUGGUGGCGCUAGUUCGUUCCCUUACGCCGUAAUUUUCCUGAUAUUUGGUUUCCCAUUUAUUGCUCUCUACUUGCAAAGCGAAAUGGUCAACAGAAAAUCUCUUCCACUUGUCAGGAAACAACCGUUGAAGAAUGGUCUGCUAACGCUCAACGUUUUGUACGAGGUGACUGUCGCUAAACUCGAAAUGAUCGCUCUUUCCAGUUACGAGAUGAAAAUUGGCCUCCUUAAGACAAAUUCUGGAAGAGACUACUUCCAAGUUUUUCACCCUGCAGCUUUUCGUAUCAUGGAUGAGGCUAAACGUACCUCUCGCAUUAUUCUCGGCGUCUUCCUAUUUCUCGCGGUGUACAACACUAUCAUCACUUUUCUGUAUUCUUUUAAAAUCAUGAAAGAUUGA